UGAAAGACAGCGCGAAUAUCAUAUUGUCAGGAUCCUUAUAAUAUUAAACAGCCUAAAUAUUAAGCCGUAUAACAUCCGAAUGUUUUCAUUAUUACACAUGUACUAAAGAUACUUACUCGCGCCUUUGGAUUUGUCCAAAUCUCGCUUGGAGCCGCUGGAAGACAGACACGGACACGAGUUGCUGUUGCAUGUGGCGGGUAUCGUUCGCUUAAGUCAGAGGGACAGGGAGAGGAGCGGAAAGUACAGAAAUAGGAAAUACAAAUUGGCUGGAAAGUUAAAAGGUUCUGGUUACUGGCUAUAGUUGGUUUUGUGGUACGUCGUUACUGGGAGUCGAUAAGACCGGAAGUAUUAGAAAUUAGGAAGAAUAAUUAUUUUUUUUAACAAAACAGUCUGCGCGGUUUGUCGAGAUGAAGGCGAAAAAUAGGGACCAAAGCUUAUCAGAUUCCAGAGAACUAGACGGUUCAUAUGACCAGCUCACAGGUCAUCCUCCUUCCAGCCAAAGUAAAAAAACCAUAAAGCAGAGGUUCCUCAAACUGCUUCCCUGCUGCCGGCCCAGCACUGCCCCCUCAGUCAGUCAAUGCAAGUGCCUCUCUGCUUCAUCAUACUGUCACAGUGUGCCUCUCUUCUCCGUCUCUACCGCAGACAGCAUCGAGGACGACUUUGAGCUGUCCACUGUGUGCUACAGGCCCGAGGGCCUGGACAAGCUGCAGGAGCAGACCAAGUUCACCAAGAAAGAGCUGCAGAUCCUCUACAGGGGCUUCAAGAACGAGUGCCCCUGUGGAAUGGUCAAUGAAGAGACCUUCAAGCUCAUCUACUCACAGUUCUUCCCACAGGGAGAUUCAAGCAUGUAUGCACAUUUCCUGUUUGAUGCUUUUGACACCCAAAAGAAUGGAUCUGUUAGUUUUGAGGACUUUGUCAUGGGCCUGUCAAUCAUACUCAGGGGAUCCAUUGUUGACCGGCUCAACUGGGCAUUUAACCUGUAUGAUCUGAAUAAGGACGGGUGCAUCACCAAAGAGGAGAUGACAGACAUAAUGAAGUCCAUAUAUGACAUGAUGGGGAAGUGUACCUACCCCACCAUGCAGGAGGACGCCCCCAGGGAACAUGUGGAGAACUUCUUUAGGAAAAUGGACCGGAACAAUGACGGUGUUGUCACUAUUGAAGAGUUCAUUGAGUCAUGCCAAAAGGAUGAAAACAUCAUGCAGUCCAUGCAACUGUUUGACAACGUCAUUUAAGGAUACAUUUCUAAGGAGACAGUGGAGGGGGCAUGGUCAAGCGAGCCCUGUGUGUUUGCAGUUUGGACUCUUCCUCCUCACCCACCAAGCCCAGUCCCACCCCCUCCUCUCCAUUGGCUGCCUGACAAGGAGGCUCAUCUCCCCAUCUGUGUCUCCUCUCUCCCUCCCUGAGACUAGAGGGAGCUGGGGCAGGUUGAUUUGCUGGGAGAGCCAAGGGAAGGAUUUGGAAUUUGUUUUAUUUCCUUGAAUUUCUGAGACUGCUUUGGCAUUGGAUGGACUCCCGAGCACCCCUACCCCACACCAUCACCACCACCUCUGACCUGCACACACACGUGAACACACAGUAAAACACAUGUGUGUGCACAUACAUGCACACACAAAUACACACACACACAGACUUUUACCAGUGCACACACACACUUAAACAUACAUGCAAUGUGUGCACAUACACGCACACACACACAAAUACACACACACACGGACUUAUACCAGUGCACACACACACUCACACACACAUGCAAUCUCAUUCUUGUCUUGGGAAGGGAGGACGGGUAGAGAUAUUGAAGGGAAACUUCAAUCAUAAUUACAGUUUAGUUAUUUGGCAGAUGCUCUUACCCAAAGCGACUUAGAAAAGUGCAUUUGACAUGGUAUGCAAACAAAACACUUCAUGAAAAUCCUUUUCCAUGGGAACCCAGCUGAACGAAAGACUUGGUUCCAGGCCGGCUUGGACACAUAACCGUGACGACGGCGUUUUCCAGCUUGUUUUAUUGUUUCUGACCGCAUGAUGUCAACCACAGAAAAUCUCAACCUAUCAAUAUUUAUCAACGUGCUCUGAACCUUGCCUGCAGUUCUCCUCAUCUGGAUACUACUCUGACUGCUUGUGUCACUUCAGCCUGUCUCCCAAAAGCAAGACUCCACCCUAACUAGUGAUAGGCCAGAAAUGGGUGGAGCUUUGGAGUUUAGAGAGAGAGCUCAGUCACUUGACCCCUAUGGAAAAAACUAAACAAAACAGAAAACAGAUUGCCAUGAUUGGUCCUGAUCAGUGAGUCACUGAUAAUGCACAGCAGCUCUACCCAUUUCUGGUUCAGGAAGCCCCACUCGUCCAUUCCCUCCCCUUAGUACCCGGCUCCCUGACACUCUGCAAUAGUGCAUAGAAGUAACAGUAUAAAAUGGCCUAUGCAAUAGCAUUCCUGCAAUGUUUCCGUGAUGUUAUUUGUGACGUACAGCCAUACAGUAAUGUUAUGAGAAUGUAAAAGUGUUAUCUGGGACCAUAAAGAAAACCUUUGCUGUAGAUGCUGGCAGACAGCAAUGGUUGUACAUACCACCAACCUAAAGUCAAAGUUGAAGCUUUUUUGUGUACCCAGAGUAUAUGUAAUCACACAAUUAGUAUUUAAAGAGCUGACCAAGAAAAGCAAGAGUGGUGUCAAAUUAUACAUAGAAAAAACGUUCCCCUUAGCUUUAGUUUAAAGUGUGAUGUUGUUUGUUAUUUUUUUUCAUGACUCAUGGCAAAGGACAACCAACACGACUGGCGAAUGAACACAGUGAAGGCGAGGUGAAAAUAGUUUACCUUCGAGUGUGGCUGUGGCAGGUGUUGCGUUCUGUUCUCUCUGUGACCCUUAAACAAACCCCACCCGGCAGAAGUGCUGGAACUGGUGUUGGCCUUGCAGCUGCCUGUUGCUAUGGCGAUGCUCCUGCAAAGGAGCCAGGUGUGCACGCAAAAACCAGUAGCGCCGUGGCUUUGUCAUCAGACUAAAGUCAGCUCUCCGCAUAUUGCUCCAGCUGUGGCUAGCCAAGCGGCCCCUGUAUGACCCUUAUCAACAAUGCGCUCCUCUGUUUGGUCCCUCUUGUUGACAUAAACAAGCACAAGCCAGACACAAAUAACCAGAGAUGGUUAUUAACAAUCACCUGGUACGGCACAUUCAUAGCACAUUGUCCUUUUGUCAGGUUCCUCCCAAAGGAUAUCCGCUUCAGUGAUCUGCAUUAAUUUGUUGAUUAUUAUUUAUUAGCCUCAUGAUUGCAGACACCCCUAUGCAGGAUGGCUUAUAAUAUGCAGAAAACAGAACAAUUGGAAAUAUCCAAAAGCAGGCUUGGAAUCAGCAACGAGUUCUAGUUCCAUAAACACUACACUGUAGAAAAUCUAUAUUAUACUGUACUGUGUUAUGCUGUUUGCUUAUUAACCAAGACAAAUUACAUUCCCCAUUCAACAGCGGUGACAUGUCUUGAUGAUCCUAAACACCAUAACUACAAUCCACCCUUCUGCCAGUGGUCCCCACUAAGGGUUAGAUGUGCUAAGCCUUUUACGACAAUUUUCAGGCGCACAUAUCACGCAUUCUGCCGGGGAAACAUGCGUCGUAUGUAUCAAACUGGCGCACAGGGCUAGAUCCGCAGCAUGCGUGUGAUCUAGGCGAGCCAUCACAAGAUGCGCUGUGGCUGAUUAUGUAUUACGUUGAAUUUACUAAAGUUCACACAAUUAACGAGGGUCGAAUUGUGCAUGACAUUUCUCUGCCUCUAAAGCACUGAAAUAAUAUUUGCAACAAGAAUUACACUAUUUCAACCCCCAGAGCAAGAAAUCAUCAAGCAGAUUAUUAAUUGUAAAUAUUAAUUAAUGAUUGCAGCCACGCAAUAAUUAAGGCUGGGUGUUUGUCACAAAAAAUGUGUAAUACUUAAAUAUACAAUAUUAAACUAACCAAUAUCUGAUGCAAAGCAGUGGGAAGUGACUGAAAUAAUGUGCUCAACCGUAGUGACAAUGACAUAAACUCAUCAUGUUCCGAACAGAACAGAGGGAAACUUCCACCAGAAGUUAAUGUCCGUUCAAUGGUAGUUUUUUUUUUUUUUUGCUGCUUAUUGACUGUCCCAGAAACAAAAACACUUUGAUUGAUGUGAAUUGGACCAAUAUUUAUAGAGAAAAUGGCAAAUAACUGCACAAAGUCCCAGGAAGUUCAGAAGACCAUUAGCUGACGAUGGUCCAAACGCCCAAUCGCUCUAUUAUGCAGGCUGAGCUGUAUAAACCUGCCCGGUUGGUAGUCUCUCUUUAGCAACAGCUUCCCAACCACAAUGUCACAGUGGAUGACCAUAGCCAUGUCACUGUAUGCUGAAAUGGAUCGCAUAUGUGACUCGUACUAAGUUUUUAGGAAAAUUGAAGGAAUUAGACUUUUACACACACAAAAACUAAACAUGAUCUGUGAGCUAAUUUGCUGUUGGUGGAUUAACAACAAUCGCGGAAAAGAAACGGGAAAUUAAAGGGACUGCCACAAGAGAAAAUCACCUGCAACUUCUGUUUCAAACACCCAGCCAUACAAAUAAUUACGCAUCUGGGAGAAAUAAAAGAUUCCAUUAUAAACCCACAAAAGUCAAGCUCAUUGCAACGUUACGUCACGCAUUUAAUUCAAACAAUAGGCGCCACAGCUGGAAUAUUUUGGGUGAAUUCAGGUAAUGUGGGACACCUUAAGUAUUUUGAGUUUUUCUGUUUAUUAAUUGUCAUUCCGCAUUUUCACCUCAAAGACCUUGCAAGUGAUCAUGAUCACAUGACAUUUAUAAUGUGACGUGGACGUGGCAAUGGUCACCCAGGAAGUAGGCAGCAGACAGGGUACAAUACGUACAGGUACAUAUCAUUUGGACCUGUUAUUUGUUAAGAUGAUAAAAAUGUCAUGCAUGAUACAGCAUGUCUUAUUAUGAUGUAUAUCAAAGUAUCAUGUAUCAUGUAUGCAACAAAAUCAAUAAAAAACGUUUUGAAUAUAAUGUAACAUUUUUUUUUGAUUUAAUCAUUUUGAAACUGUCCCAAAUUACCUUCACGUGUAUGGUAAUUUAGGGACACAUGGUUUCAGGUCAUUUGGGACAUUUAAAUUAUUUUGCGCACAAGAAAGUAUAUAUAACAGAAAUUUGAGUGCUUUAAAAUAAAUGUCUCUAAUUUUGUGUGUAACAUGCCCUUUACCAGAGCCAGACAAUGGCAGUGGUGGAACUCAGUUUUGUGCAGUGCAGUGCAGUGUUAUGGGUAUCUUAUUAAAACUGGUGGUGAGGGCAGACUCGGAAACUGAAUCUACAAAAAGUGUCCCAAAUUACCUGAAUUCACCCUCCAUAUUUUGUCCUGUGGAUACGCUUUUACGUAGCAACCGAUACAUGGAUAUCACCACAUGCAGUGAAGAUAUUCAAUGCACUAUACACCUGUUUUAACUGAGCUGUUUAAGAUCUGUCUCUUGCAAAAUGUGGUUCAUAGGCAGUCCCAUUCACAGAUUGCGUAAUGACCUUCUUAAUAAGACUUUAAUUUCAUGGAGCCUGCGGCCACACCAAUACACCCUCGUCAAGCCACAAUUUGCGUAAUUCUGGCCCCAUGUAUGCUUUUGUGGUCUGGUGCAGGUAAAACGGCCCAUUCUGCCUAGAACAUAUCAGGAGCUAAAUAACAAAAUCGGUCCUGUGCAUUGUUCUAUCUGGGUCCUAUUGUUUUCCCUAUAUUUAAAGAUUCAUAAAGCUAUUUUGCCCCAGAUUUUGUGGGCUGUAACUGCAUUCAUUGCUUUUCAUCCAAGCAGAAAGUGUUACAGUAACACUUGACAUGUAGGUGUGUGCGUAGAUUGGCCAAUGUGAAACAUGCAUGAAUAGAUAGAACGGGAAGUUUCACAUGUUACAUAAGGCAGGUAAACUCCCACAAAUAUGUCAAUUUGUGAAAGACCACACACAGAGCUGCAUUCUAUAAUCAAUGCAGUUUUUUAUUGAACAAAUAUUAUGAUUCCAUGCCAAUUCACUGGUCAGUGGCUUGAACAUGGCUGGAGGAGCCAGGAACUUGUUGUUUAGGAGAGAGCCAGAUCUUCUCAUUUUGUUAAAGGUGGACAACCUCUGCCACACAGACGUUUUUAAAUUUUUAGAAAAAAGUACUCUUACAAAACAUUUUUACAACAGAUGUAUGACAAGCAUGCACAAAGACACACUCAUACAGAAUAAUGGCGAAGCCCUAGCCCAGGCCCCAUUCAGAGCAUUGAGGUACAAGCCCAAGGCCAGUUCACUGCUCGCCCAAAGCCCGGCCCUCCUCCAGGGCUGCGGCAGUGCGAUGAGCCUAAGAAAACCUGAGAACAAUCCCAGGCCUUCCACCUACUGUACAUGCACACACACUCACAUACGUGCAUGUGUGUGCCUGUACACAGUUGGACAGAAUUGCAGUUGCACACAUAAUUAAAUGAGAGGACAAAGGCUGACACAUACAGUCAAUUAUUUCCGCAAGCCGAUGUCAGCACGUUUCUUUAAACAAGUUUAUAAACUGUGGACCGAAAUAAGAUUAUAUUGUAGGGGUCUCCAAACAAUUUUCCUGGGGCAGAAAAUGAAAUUGCUGAUUGGAACCCUGAUGGUGAUUGGCGGGCUUACAGCGGGGUGCAAAAAGAAUUUGGGCACCCCUUGUUUAAAUGUCUGUUACAAUUCAUCUGUAUAUGACCGAAAGCAAACCUGAAGUGGUUCAACCUUUGUGCACAUUUUAAAGCAAGAUUGUUUUUUGUUUUAAUUUUUUUCUGUUUAAAAAAGGAAAAGGGUCCUGUGUCAAACUUUGGGAACCCUUUUGGAUUAUUCUUUGCUACUUUUUAAAAAUAUGAUCACAAAGGCCCAGAUCCAGAUAAUUUACUUGUUAGGGCUUCAAUGAGGUGAGUUUAAUUCCAGGACUUUUUUAUUCUGAAGCAACUCCAUGCCUUCUAAAGUGUCUAACUCUAUGCUGUUCUGUCUGGCAUUAACAACCAUUGGUUCCUCUAAACAGGAUUUCAGAAUGAAGAUUGUUUAUUUCCACCAAGACAGAGAAGGCUACAAAAAUUAUCUCAAUGUUUCAAACUACUUAUUUCCACGGCCAGAAACGUUAUUAGAAAAUGGAAGAUAAAUGUUGAAGUCAAGGCAAGUUCUGGAUUUUAGAUAGAAUGACCUGAGAAAUGUUCAUAAGAACUCACAAAUGUAGAGCUGCAAAAAAAUAGCAGACAUGGAUCUAGCUGUUCACAGGACAACAAUACGACAUACCUUACAUAACACAGACUUGGCAGAGUUGCCUGAAAGAACGCCCUCAACACAAAAUUAAGGAUUCCACCAAAUAUCAAUAAAUUCAGGUCAGUCCAGACAUUGAAGUUAAAGAGAGGUUUUCCAGCAUCCAUUCCAUGAUCCAAAGCAUACCUUGAAAUCAGCCAUGAAGUACCUCCAGGAAAGAUGAAAGAUUAAGGUUUUUUUAAUGGCCACUACCGUCCCCAGUCUUGAAUGUUAUUGAAAAUAUGUCUCAAACAUCUGUCUCAAUCUGGCCAAAUAAUAUUUCUAAAGUUAGGGGUGUUCUGUCUGGAAGAAUGGGGGAAGAUUUACAGGAAGCUUUUAUACUUCCCUGAGGAGUUACAAAGUACUAACUGACAGGGUUCCCCAACUUUUGCUCAGGGCCUUUUUCAUUUUUUAUUAUUUUGAAAUUGUAAGAAAUUAAAAUAAAACAUUAUCUUGCUUUAAAAUCUUAAGACAUAUGUUAUGUUUAACAUAGUACCAUUUAGAGGUCAGGUUUGCUUCUGUUGACUUAGAUAUUAAUUGUAAAAGGGUUUUUUACCAGGGGUGCCCAAAUUUUUGCACACCACUGUACUUUUCACUGGCCAAUAGAGGGUGCACAUGGCUAAGGACUUUUACUUGCAUAUCUCAUGUAUCUCAUGUAAUUGUUAUUUAUGCAUGAAAUUGCUUGCUACAUUGAAAAUUGGCCAGUAUAUAGUUAUAUUUAUUCAUUGAUGAUUGUAUAGAACUACUUCACCUCAUCAACAAAACUGCAGUGUAGCUAUUGUAUAUCUUUCACUUUUGAUAUGUUAAUCCAUGAAUAUUCAAGACCACUCCACCUGCUUCCAUAAUAUAAAUCAUUAUAAUAACUACAUCUUCAACUGUCCUCAACGCCUCAGCUAUAAAACCUAUUAAACUUAAAACAUUUUUGUUCAUUUUGUUGCAUGUAGUAGUCAUCGUCACAAUUUUUAUUAUACACCAGAAUGGUCAGAAAUGAUAAAAGGGCCUUAGUUUGGGGACCCCUGCUAUAAGAGUACUGAGCACUGCAGUAAUAUAAACCAGUGCUUCCCUGUUUUUAAAGAGGUUGGAUUGGCAGAACAGACGUGACCUAACUUGUAACAUUCACAGCACCUGUAAAAUGAGGCACUUAACAACCAUUUAUGGUCAUUUGAUCAUUUGUUUAGUUCCUUAUAUUUGAAGGGUAUCCUGCCUUGAAUGCCGCGGGACCACAGUCACCUCCUGGCUAUAAUCGCAUGCACUGUGUCUAGAGCAAUGGCAGUGAAUAGGCCACCAUUACUUGCUGCGUGUCUAGUUGAUUAGGCUCUGCUGUUUCAAAUAUGUAUAUUUUGUACAGAGACAAACAAUAAAGUCACAGUUGCUAUGCAA